AUGGAGGCGCCGCAGAUGGUUAUGAAUUCGGGAAAAAACUUGCAUGUUAAUAAUAAUUGUCCUUAUCGCUGUCGUGUUGAACAUGACUCCAAUGUUUGUCGUACUGUGAAAUGCCACGCGUGGCAUCUAGCACAGACCGGCCUCACCGAAUCCUAUCGCGUGCGCCACCUAUCGCUCUAUUACUCACGUGUCUUCCUCUGCAUUAGCGUGGAGAAUGAACACUUUCCCACGUUGAUCGCCACCAAAUGGCCGGAAAACUUUGUACCCCUACGAAGCGCGAUAUAUCCGCAUACAUACGCGCACGCGAAUGGCAAUCGAAGUGACUGCGAAUUGAUACAGAAAGCUAUAUGGACCCAGGUGGAUAAUUUGGGACGUUUAUGGGUAUUCGAUGCAGGGUGGGAGCAAACGCCAUCGUUGUCAGUUGAGGAGACAGAGAAAACGACCGAAAUGUGUGCGCCCAAGUUGUUGGUGUAUGACUUGAUUCGCAACGAUGCGGAGGUAUUGCGCAUCGACUGCAGCCGCUAUCUAACACCACGGGAUAGUGAGAAAUUGAUCAUCAAAUUGGGUCCCAGUCCAGCGUUGUGUAAAGUGGAAAAAUAUAUAUACUUCCUACGUCCAGACGAUGCACACAUACUCGCCUACGAUAUAGUGGAACAGAAGUGGCAUCGUCCCGCGCUGCUCAGUCGCAAAUUCCAAGGCAUUAUUGAGGCGCCGUUUCCAAUUAAACCAAUCGACAUCGCUUUCGGCCUGCAACGUGAGCUGCUCUUUGCCGAUGCGGAUGGCAAGCUAUAUGCAACGCCAAACUCACAAUUAAAGACAAAAACAAAGGAAGCCAAUGAAAUCAUCGAUAAUUUGAAUGAAAAGCAAAUGCAGCAGACGGCGGUGACGACGGAUGACGGAGCGAAUGCAAUUGAACUGGAGUUGUUGGGCAGUUUGCUGGGUCCCAGCAAGGGUAUGAUGGUGGACGGGCGCACCGGUGCGCUCUUCUAUGCCGUACCAAAGUACGGUGCAAUUGUGCGUUGCGAAUUACAACGCAACUUGACAGCGGAAGACAACGAGAUUGUUUACUUUACAUCAAAGAAUAUACGACAAAUAUUUUUCGGCGUGGGCGGUGCGGUGUGGUUGUUGACUGAUCGGCUGCUAAGCCCGGAUGAUCAUUGUUUUGCGAAUAUUUGAUGGUAGCUGCGUGCUGUUGUUGGCUGCUACGGGCGAAAGCGAGCGCAUAUACUUGACAUACACAAAAAAAAAAAUAAUAAUAAUAAUACAGCUUUUUAUAGUUUUGUAAGAUUAAGAUUUUUUACUUUAAAAAUCGUUUUUGCGUUUUUUUUUACUUCAGUUAAAUUAUUUUUUAUGAUUAUACAACAGAUUCUUUAAUGUUUUUUCUUCGUUUUGGUCUACAAAUACAUGCAUAUAUGUAUAUAAACUAAUGUGUACAUAUGAGUGUAUGUAUGUUAAGUAAUUUUUAUGCAUAAAAUAUUUAGCUAGAAAUGGGCAAACUUCAUUUUAAAUUAAAAUUUCAUAUUUAUUUUUAUAUUUUUUUUCUGAUUUUUUUUUUUUUG